AUUUUUUUUUAGAGAUUAGAGGAGAGGAGGAAGAGCAAGCAAACAAGCCUGUAGCCACCUCUCUUCUCUCUCUUUCUCCCCGUAUCUGUUCCUCGCUCGCGCUGUAUCUUCACAUAAAUAAAAAUUAAUUUUUUUAAUUAAAAAUACGCAUCGAUUAAUCAAUCAAUUAAAACCUAAAUAACAUAAAAAAAACAAAAUUUCCUUUUUUGGGUCUCUUCUUUCUUUCUUUUGCUGCUCCUUGGACCUCUUUCUCUAUCAAUCGUCUCUUUCUCUCUCUAGAGUCUCAGAGCUUGCCCAUAACCCAUUUCACAAAGCUCAGUGAGUGGAGUUGGAAGGAUUGUGGAGGAAGGAGUUUUGGAGUGGGAAAUGGCUGGGAUUGCGAGCGAGGAAGCUGGAAGGUCCACAGAGGGGAUUUCUAGUGGUCAGCGCUGCCAAUCAGGUGAAGCACUGGCAGAAUGGCGGUCAUCUGAGCAGGUGGAAAAUGGAACCCCAUCAACUUCGCCCCCUUAUUGGGAAACUGAGGACGAUGAUGAUGGAGGGCCAAAACCUUCUGAGUUGUAUGGAAAAUACACAUGGAAAAUAGAAAAAUUUUCACAGAUUAACAAAAGAGAACUUCGUAGUGAUGAAUUUGAGGUUGGCGGCUACAAAUGGUACAUAUUAAUAUAUCCCCAAGGCUGUGAUGUUUGCAAUCAUCUCUCUUUGUUUCUUUGUGUUGCCAACCAUGACAAACUUCUUCCAGGUUGGAGUCAUUUUGCACAGUUUACAAUAGCUGUGGUUAAUAAAGAUCCAAAAAAAUCGAAAUAUUCAGAUACAUUACACCGGUUCUGGAAGAAAGAGCAUGACUGGGGAUGGAAAAAAUUCAUGGAAUUAUCAAAAGUGUCAGAUGGGUUUUUAGAUGCUGCUGACACUCUAAUUAUAAAGGCUCAAGUGCAAGUCAUCAGGGAGAAAGCAGAUCGGCCUUUUCGUUGCCUUGAUUGUCAGUAUAGGAGAGAACUUGUUAGGAUUUAUUUGACAAAUGUAGAGCAGAUUUGUCGGCGUUUUGUGGAAGAGAGACGAGGCAAGCUUGGGAGGUUAAUAGAAGACAAAAAUAGAUGGUCAAGCUUUUGUGCUUUCUGGUUGGGAAUAGAUCAAAAUGCUCGGCGGCGCAUGUCUAGGGAGAGAACUGAUGUAAUUCUGAAAGUGGUUGUAAAGCAUUUCUUUAUAGAGAAGGAAGUCACAUCAACUUUGGUAAUGGAUUCCUUGUAUAGUGGAUUGAAGGCUCUUGAAGGCCAAACUAAGAGCAAGAAGGGGAGGGCAAAAUUGUUGGACACCGAAGAAAUGCCAGCUCCAAUUGUUCUUGUGGAGAAAGAUAUGUUUGUAUUGGUGGAUGAUGUUCUGCUGCUACUUGAGAGGGCUGCCAUGGAACCAUUACCUCCAAAAGAUGAAAAGGGCCCACAGAAUCGUACAAAGGAUGGAAAUUCUGGUGAGGACUUUAACAAGGAUUCCAUUGAGCGUGAUGAAAAAAGGCUUACAGAAUUGGGUCGUAGGACAGUGGAAAUAUUUGUCCUUGCUCAUAUUUUCAACCACAAAAUUGAGGUUGCUUACCAGGAAGCUGUUGCUUUGAAGAGACAAGAAGAGCUAAUCCGUGAAGAAGAGGCAGCAUGGCUAGCUGAAAGCGAGCAGAAGGCUAAACGUGGAGGAGCUGAGAAGGAAAAGAAAUCAAAGAAAAAGCAGGCAAAACAAAAACGGAAUAAUCGCAAAGGGAGGCAUAAAGGAAGGGAUGAAAGAUCCAAUGCAGAAGUAUUUGACAAGAUCCGAGAGGAAAAUCCAAGCAAUGUGAAAAAGGAUUCAAUUGUGGUAGAGAUGAAACCUGUUGUUGACAAGCCUGAUAUUCUGGAAGAUGUGUCUGAUGUGUCUGAUUCGGCGGAUGGUGCUGCUGAAGUACUCCAGCUUGAUUCGGAAGACAGAGAUGCAAGUCCUGUCAAUUGGGAUACUGAUACCUCAGAAGUUCAUCCUCCCACAGAAGCCAGCAGCAGCGGAGUUAGUGGAUUAUCAUCUAUUCCAAAUGGAACAGUUGAGAAAAGGAGCACAUCUGCUAUGGAUGACAGCUCGUCAACUUGCUCUACAGAUUCAGUCCCAUCAGUUGUAAAUAAUGGCUCCUACACGGGGAACUCUUAUUCGAGCUACCAAUGUGUCAAAUCACCUAGCAGAGGGAAGCACCUGCAAGGUAAGGGGACAAGUGAUGGGAGUUGGACAACUGAGAUGGAUAAUCACCUUUCUGCACCUCCAGUGGAUGCUGGGGAUCUCAAUGAGGUUACUGGAAGUAGCAAGGCUGUUGAAUGCGAGCCUGAAGCUAUCGUUCAUGGCUCACAAGACAGAAUCAUGUGGACUGAGCAGCAUGUAGUUAAGAAGGUUGUGGAAGAAGUUAUACCCCAAAAGAAAUUGAGCACUAAAGACUUGGUUGAUGUUGAAAGAUCUUUCAAAGAAAUGGCAACUAUCCCAUCUUCCAGAAGCCCUCCUCGAAGUCCUCCCAAAAAUCUCCAAUCCACUGUUCUAUUGAAGUCGGAAAACAGGAGUUCAACUGCCAUAGACCCUUCUGUUCAAAGUAAGAAAGCAUCUUCAAAUUGUGCACAGCAGGUGGAUAAAGCAGUCCCUCCAAUGAUAUCCCUUCAAAAUAUAGGCAUGUCAAAACCUGAGACCCAGAAUACUUCGACUUCAAAACUAUCUGAGAAGCCAAUGCUACAGCAAGUGCCUGUGAUGUCAAGGCCUUGCAGUGCUCCUCUAAUUCCUGGUCCCCGUCCAGCUGCUCCUGUAGUUUCAAUGGUUCAAGCAUCCCCAUUACUUGCUCGUUCUGUUAGUGCAACGGGUUGGCUGGGUCCUGAUCCUUCACCAAUAAAUCACAAUUAUGCUCCUUUGUCCUAUCGAAAUGCCAUUGUAGGCAAUCCUGUUGGCACAAGUUCAGGGGGUUUUACUCAUGCCAAUUCUGCUAGUUUGGGAGUUAACCUGCCAUCGGCGCAUGCACAGCCACCUGCUUUGGUAUCUGCACCAAUGUUUUUGCCCCAGAGCUCUGAUAGGGUGGACCUGAACUCUCGUCAAUCUGGCUUUCCUCUUGGGAUGGUUACUCAGGAUGUCUUACAGAAUGGACCCCAGCGGAUGGAGAGCUCACAAGGUGUGGUAACAGAUGAGUUCCCACAUAUUGAUAUCAUCAAUGAACUGCUUGAUGAUGAACAUUGCAUUGGGAAGGUAGCUGAGGCAAGCAGUGUCUUCCAGUCUCUUAACAAUGGCCCACACUUCUUAAAUCGGCAAUGCUCUUUUCCAGGUGAUGUGGGCAUAUCAGGUGAAUUGGCUUCUUCAGCCAGCAGCUCUUGCAGAUUUGAGCGUGCUAGGAGUCAUCGUGAUGGUGGGUUUCAGCGGAGUUACAGCUCUUUUGGCACCCAUUUCGAAACAAUAAGGGAAUUUAUUCCACAAGCUAAUCCAUUACCAUAUGCAAAUGGGCACGUUGAUGGAUUGAUUACGAACCAAUGGCAGGUGUCUGGCACUGAUCUUUCUCUAGUAGGCAUGCGGAAUACAGAGGGUGAUGGUUCUCCAUAUUUCAGUCCAGAGUAUCCAAAUUUGGCUUGCGGUAGCAAUGGCUACGCAGUAUUUAGGCCUUCAAAUGGACACUGAAGGAGCUUCCAAACGAAAUUACCCUGCAAAUUUGUGGGUCAUUGGCCAUUGUAAUAAUGUAUUAGGGGAAAUUGUUGGGUCUUGGAUUUGGAGUGACGUUGUAAUCCUUUCAUAAGCUUUAACAUUUUGUAGAGUGUUGCUGCCUUUCAUUGCCUACAGCAUUUUAGUUUGUUA